CGCCAAAAGGCAAUAGCUAGGCCAAGAACCAAAGAGCGAUCAGUCGUUGAAACAACUUGCGUUUUAGGUGCGUGGUAGAAGAUGGUAGUCAAAGUGUAUGGGACAGUGAGGGCAGCCUGCGUACAGAGGGUGCUUGCUUGCCUUCUGGAGAAGGGGGUGGACUUUGAUGUCGUUCACGUUGAUCUUGACGCCGGAGAGCAAAAGCGACCUGAGUUCCUUGUCCGACAGCCGUUUGGGCAAGUUCCGGCGAUAGAGGAUGGCAAUCUCAAGCUUUAUGAGUCUAGGGCAAUUAUAAGGUAUUAUGCAGCAAAGUACGCGGACCACGGUCCCAAUCUAUUGGGAAGUGGUCUAGAAGAGAGAGCUAUGGUGGAUCAAUGGCUGGAAGUGGAAGCACACAACUUCAACGACUUGAUUUACACUCUGGUACUUCAGCUUGUGAUCCUGCCGCAGAUGGGAGAGCCCGGGGACUUGGCGUUGGCUCGCUCCUGUGAGAAAAAGCUAGAGAAGGUGCUGGACGUAUACGAGCAAAGGUUGUCAAAGAGCAGCUAUCUUGCCGGAGAGACUUUCAGUUUGGCUGAUCUCAGCCAUCUUCCGGGCAUUAGAUAUCUUAUGAAUGAAGCUAAAAUGGGGCACUUGGUGACAGAGAGGAAGAAUGUGAACGCAUGGUGGGAGGAUAUCUCCAACCGUCCUGCCUGGAAGAAGUUGAUGAAGCUUGCUGGUCACUAGCUAGCUAGUCAUAUAUCUAUUGUAUCACUUUUAUUCUGCUUUUACGUACCUGUUAAACUUGUGUAAGACUUAUCUCAAUUGUGCUGCUUUUUCUUUCA